ACCCACUUCAGUGAGCACACUCUUCCAUGUACACAAUCCCCUUCUGAGUUCUGAUCCCUUAGCACUAAGCAUUACUAGCUACCACUUUUCUUCAUCUCUUUCUUCCCUACAAGAAUAUAGCUAGUGUUCUUUUUGCUGAAUUUCAUGGCCCAUUUUUUGUUUCUAACUAUAAUUAGUUUCUUCCUUUAUUCUCAUUAUAGCAAUGCACAACCUUCACCUGGCUACUAUCCUAGCUCCCAAGUUGCCCCUCUGAGUUUUAAUCAAGGUUUUAGGACCUUAUGGGGUCCUCAACACCAAAGUGUUCAGCAGGGUACUCUCACUGUCUGGCUUGAUCGUUCUUCAGGAAGCGGGUUUAAGUCAUUGAAGCGAUUUCAAUCAGGCUUGUUCAGUACAGCUAUGAAGCUCCAACCAGGCUACACUGCAGGAGUGAUCACAUCCUUUUAUCUCUCAAACAACGAAGACUUCCCAGGUUACCAUGAUGAAAUUGAUAUUGAAUUUCUUGGGACAACACCUGGUAAACCAUACGUAUUGCAAACAAAUAUUUAUGUUAGAGGGAGUGGUGAUGGAAGACUUAUUGGAAGAGAGAUGAAAUUUCAAUUAUGGUUUGAUCCUACCAAAGGCUUUCACAACUAUGCCAUUUUCUGGUCACCAAGCCAAAUAAUAUUCUUUGUGGAUGAUAUACCCAUAAGAAGGUACCCAAGGAAAAGUGAUGCCACGUUUCCACUAAGGCCAAUGUGGGCCUAUGGAUCCAUUUGGGAUGCUUCAUCUUGGGCUACUGAAGAUGGGAAAUACAAAGCUAACUAUAAUUAUCAACCAUUUGUGGGCCAAUAUCGAAACUUCAAAAUUGCCGGGUGUACUUCUGGUGGACCCUGUCGUCUUCCAAAAGUGUCCCUAUCUGGGUCCAGUAAUCUCAGCCCACAACAAGUCGCGGCCAUGGGCUGGGCCCAACGAAACCACUUGGUUUAUGAUUAUUGCAGGGAUUCAAGGAGGGAUCAUCGCCUUACACCUGAGUGCUGAAAAAUGAAAAAAGGUUGCUUAUCAUAUAGGGUGUGUUUGGUAAAAUCCAAAUUAAAGUGUCAAUUUCAUAAUUUUGUUGUUUACAUUUUUAACCUAUAAAAGGUUUCAAUUGGGGUGUCUUCUGUUUAUUUUAAGAAGGCAAAAGGCCUUUUUCAUAUAAGGGGAAUAAAGGGUUUAUGACAAACUAUGUCUUCUUGCUAGGUUUGAUACAAUGAAAGUGUGGUAUACUUUUUUUUUUAUUUAUAUAUAUAUAAUUAUGUAUACAAACUAGAGGUGAAAGAAAAGCUUGUUUUUCUCCCUCUCAGUUAUUGUUGAAGUCAUUUAUGAAACUCUUGUGAACCAAAAUUUACAGAAUUUGUUGUGUUUGAAAAUGAUAAAGAGACUUCGUAUUUUACUUUUACAA